ACUAUUUUAGGGAGGGAGCGCGGGUUGAUGGCCGUCAAUCAAAACAAAAAAGGGGGAGCGAGCGACUCGAAGAGAGAAGGGAGAAAAAAAUUUAAAAAAACCAAAUCUCCUCACGGGAGGAUGUGAUAAUCAUUAAUAAAUUCACACAGAGUCAAUCGCGACACAUUUGGUGGGCUGUUUAGGUGGCGCGUUUUGACCGUGGUAAAGCGGCAGUUGGCGAGCAGCGCGAAGCACAAUUGUUUGAAUUUUUGAACCGUUUUCUCCCCCCCGCUCACAUCGGCCUUCGGCUCCCCUUCUUUAUCAUUUCCCCUCCAGCCCGUCCCCGGCUUCCACCAUGUCCAUCCUGCCCUUCACACCGCCCAUCGUCAAGCGCUUGCUGGGCUGGAAGAAAGGAGGCGAGUCGCAGCCGCCCUCCUCGCAGUCGCCGAACCAGCCGCCGCCGCCGCCGCCGCCGCACAACAGCGGCCAGGACGAUAAGUGGUGCGAGAAGGCCGUCAAGAGCUUGGUGAAGAAGCUGAAGAAAACGGGGCAGCUGGACGAACUGGAGAAGGCCAUCACCACGCAGAGCUGCAACACCAAGUGUGUCACCAUCCCCAGCACAUGCUCUGAAAUUUGGGGACUGAGUACACCUGGUACAGUAGAUCAGUGGGAUACAACAGGCCUUUACAGCUUUCCUGAGCAAACCAGAUCACUUGAUGGCAGGCUGCAGGUUUCACAUCGUAAAGGGUUGCCUCAUGUUAUUUACUGUCGCUUGUGGCGCUGGCCUGAUCUUCACAGUCACCAUGAACUACGAGCCAUUGAAACUUGUGAAUAUGCUUUCAAUCUUAAGAAGGAUGAAGUGUGUGUUAACCCGUACCACUAUCAGAGGGUGGAAACACCAGUUUUACCUCCUGUACUGGUGCCACGACACACGGAAAUUCCAGCAGAGCUGCCCCCACUUGAUGACUACACCCAUUCUAUCCCUGAAAACACUAACUUUCCAUCUGGAAUAGAACCACAGAGCAACUAUAUCCCAGAAACACCUCCCCCUGGCUACAUUAGUGAAGAUGGAGAGACCAGUGAUCAACAAAUGAACCAAAGUAUGGAUACAGGGUCUCCUGCAGAAAUGUCGCCAAGUACCUUAUCACCAGUUAACCACAGCUUGGAUCUACAGCCUGUAACAUAUUCAGAGCCAGCAUUUUGGUGUUCAAUAGCAUAUUAUGAGUUAAAUCAGAGAGUUGGGGAAACCUUUCAUGCAUCUCAGCCUUCAUUAACUGUGGAUGGAUUUACAGACCCUUCAAAUUCGGAGAGAUUUUGUCUGGGUUUGCUAUCUAAUGUCAACAGAAAUGCAACUGUUGAGAUGACACGACGACACAUUGGAAGAGGAGUGAGGUUGUAUUACAUUGGUGGAGAGGUGUUCGCUGAGUGCCUGAGUGAUAGUGCCAUCUUUGUUCAGAGUCCCAACUGUAAUCAAAGAUAUGGCUGGCAUCCUGCAACAGUGUGUAAGAUUCCACCAGGGUGUAACCUGAAAAUCUUCAAUAACCAGGAGUUUGCAGCACUCCUGGCCCAGUCUGUAAACCAGGGCUUUGAGGCAGUUUACCAAUUAACCAGAAUGUGCACAAUUAGAAUGAGUUUUGUGAAAGGAUGGGGUGCUGAAUAUAGGCGGCAGACCGUGACGAGCACUCCUUGCUGGAUUGAACUCCACCUGAAUGGUCCCUUGCAGUGGCUUGACAAAGUGUUGACCCAGAUGGGAUCUCCGUCUGUCCGUUGCUCGAGCAUGUCCUAAGUAUCCACAUACCUAUUUCAGUAUCAAAACUGGACCUAAAAUCUCGAAGUCCAGUCAACAGACCUGAACAGCUUAUCUGUUGCAGUUCUUGUGUGUUAUCCCAGAGACUGUUCAUGAACACAAAAUUAAAAGGAAUGACACUUGAUAUCAUCCACUUAAGCACCUUGUUGAGUUUUAUUAUCCCUGACCUAAAUUAUCACAUAAAAAGAACAUUGCUGCAGGACAACAUUAAAAUUCACAGUUAACAUCCAUAUGCAACUGUAAUGGAGAGAAUCUCAGUUACAUACAAGAGGUUCGUCAAUUAACAGCUGUCUUUUUAAACAUUCUGGUAAACCUUACCAAAUAAGGUAAGGUUCUCCCUUUGUUAUAAGAAUUAUAAUUUCCCUAAAGUGACACAGCCACACAAAAGAAAAUCUUGAUCUGUGUUUCAAUGAGCGUUACCAUAUCUCAAUUGCAGUUAAAUGUGUCAGAAUACUAUGAACAGACAGCAUUCACAAGAGCAGCUACAAUCUCUACUCGGUCUGGAAAUAUUCUGAAUGGUUUCAUCAACAUUACAAUGGCUCUACAUAUUCUAGGACAAAUUAAACGUAAUAACCAGGUAAACUUGUUCAAGAUUCUUGUUUAUACAUUAUUGAACAAGCUAACUUUAGCAAGUUAAGAUUAAAUAAAGCUCACCAAAUUGUUCAAUCUAAAAUCCAAUUCUUCGGUAAUUUGAAAAGAUGUCCAGUUUUUCAAUUCAGGGAAGUUUCCCUUUUUUAAUUGAGCUGCAUGAAAGAGCAACUUGUGCUAACUUUGUACCACCAGUUGCAAGAGAAAUGUCUCUACUCCAUCCCUGACGAUAUCAGUUUUACUCGUGCAUACUUCAAGAGUUCAAGGUAAUUCUAAGCUGUAGCUAUAGGAGCAAAAAUCUCACAAAGUCUCAAUUAUAAUUUUCCCAAAAUUAAAUCAAAUCCAAUACUGCGCUUGAAAAUUAAAAUUAUGCUUCCUAUUUGCAACUGCUGUUCUGUUUAAAUACGUCAUUAUCUAGGGGAUUCCUUUGGCUGUCUUAAUUGCAAAUUGUGUUAAUUAUCUGAUAUAUUUUAAUCCUUUACGUAAAUAUAAGGGGAGGCAAGGACAAAUUAAUUUAACAAUGAUUAAAUUAUUAUUCUAAAAUAUAUAGCAAGAAGACAUAGGUUGAAGUAGUUGAGCUGCUGUACAAGUUAUUAAUGAACCUCAGGCACUUGUGAUACUUGAUGUGCAUUCACCCAUUAAUUUGGGUGAGGGAUAAUAGAAGAACAACACCGAGCUAAUCCAGCAACACAAUUUCAGUAGAGUGGUUUGUUUCUGGAGUUACCAGGAUUGAUGUACAGGGCUUGUUUCUGAAAAUAGCAGUGCCCAGGUGCUGUGAAUACUUAUAAAAUUUUAUCAGCUAUGUAUAUUGCUCACAAUAUGGAUCUGGUAAUCUGAAGGUUUUCACAUUCUUGCAUUAUGUCAAUCACUGCUCUUCUGAAUGUUAUCUCUCGUUCAGUUGAUCAGUAUAUACAAGAAGGCUUUGCCACUUAGAUGAAGUUUAAUUUAGUGACAUAAUAGUAAGGGUGGAUAAGCCUAUAGGUAAUGGUUUCAAAGCCAAUUUUAAUUGAGUAUUGUGCUGCAAGGGUAAAGCUCCCUUCAGCCAUUUUGUCAUUGGGGUACCAUGUUACAGGUAUUGAAUGUUAACUGUGAAAUGCAAAAUGCCUUCAUUAUUCUAAAUAUUAAGAUCAAGUUUUUUAGUACUUCCAGAACAUUGGAUUACUCCAGUGAAAGCUAAACAAAAAAAUGGCCAUUGUUGUUUUUCUCCACAUGGUUAAAUAUUCUGAAUUUAUCUCAUCAUGCGUAUGAAUCAAGUGUCUUAAUUAUUUUUAAAAAGGCUAUGUAAAGAUGUCUUUGAAGCAGUAUUUUAAGUUCAGUUUUGAUUUGCAUUUGAGAUUAACCCACCAAAUGGUUCACCUUACUUUCACUGCUUCAAAAUUAGCCUUGUAGUUUCAGAACAAAAUCAGGAUAAUUACUCUAUAUGUUGUUCAUGUUCCUCAAACACUAUAAACUUGUGUACUUCAAAAUGGUUAGAGUAUACAGAGGUUAGUGUUCUAAUCCAGGUUGUUUUGAGGGGCAGUGUAUCUUGUAAUAUAGACACCAAAUGUACAACUUAGUAAUGAUUCUGUGGCCCUUCUGUCAUAAUUUCCUUUUUUCUGUGGCAGUAGCAGGAUAUUAAAUUUAUUUUCCAUUUUUAUUUCCUCUAUAUUACACUAGUGCUGUACUUUCUCAGUGCAGCUGGUGAUAGCUGUUUUGAGAGCAAAGAUAGCUAGUGUUAAUGGAUCAGCUCAGAGGAAGCUAAAGCUGCCUGCAGGGCAGUGAAGAAGGUUGCACUUGCCAUAGAGAACUGGAAAUGGAAGGAAGCAGCACCAACUAGAAAAUGGCCAACUCUUUAGAGCAUUUACCAUUCUAUUUGUGAGCUUGUUUUACCAGUAGAAUUCUGUAUUGGUAGAACUUGGGAACUUGAAAGGAAAAGGAGCUUCCAGCUUGUUGUAUAUGCGGACUCAGUGAAUACACUAAUAAACAUUUAAUUCUGAA